AUGAUCGCCGCGGCUUUCCUCGUCUUGCUGAGACCCUACAGCAUCCAAUGUGCCCUCUUCCUCUUGUUGCUUCUGCUGGGCACUAUCGCCACCAUCGUCUUCUUCUGCUGCUGGCACCGCAGGCUCCAGAAAGGGAGGCAUCCGAUGAAAUCGGUCUUUUCGGGCCGUUCAAGGAGCCGAGAUGCUGUUAUGAGAUCUCACCACUUUCGUUCUGAGGGAUUCAGAGCAAGCCCUCGGCAUAUUAGAAGACGAGCUGCAGCGGCUGCAGCUGCCCGCCUGGAAGAAGCAAAGCCCCUUGUGGAAGUUCACCACCAGAGUGAGCAAGAAAAUGCAGUGAGGAAACGAAGAAUCAAGAGAAGUAGCCGAGUGCAGCCAGAAUUUUAUCACUCUGUUCAAGGUGCUUCAACCAGAAGGCCUAGUUCCGGGAACGCAUCCUAUCGCUGUUCUAUGUCUUCCUCUGCGGAUUUUUCCGAUGAGGAUGAUUUCAGCCAGAAAUCUGGCUCGGCAUCUCCAGCUCCGGGAGACACCCUACCGUGGAAUUUACCUAAACAUGAGAGAUCAAAAAGAAAGAUUCAUGGGGGCUCAGUGCUGGACCCCGCUGAGAGGGCAGUGCUUAGGAUAGCAGAUGAACGGGACAAAGUUCAAAAGAAAACGUUUACAAAAUGGAUAAAUCAACAUCUCAUGAAGGUUCGAAAGCAUGUGAAUGACCUCUAUGAAGACUUAAGGGAUGGACACAAUUUGAUCUCUCUUUUAGAGGUUCUUUCAGGAGAUACCUUGCCCAGAGAGAAAGGUCGGAUGCGUUUUCACAGACUACAGAAUGUACAAAUUGCACUUGACUAUUUGAAAAGACACCAGGUGAAAUUAGUGAAUAUUAGAAAUGACGACAUAACAGAUGGAAAUCCCAAGUUGACGUUGGGGCUAAUAUGGACAAUAAUUUUGCACUUCCAGAUAUCUGAUAUCCAUGUUACUGGAGAGUCAGAGGAUAUGUCUGCAAAAGAGAGAUUGCUGCUGUGGACACAGCAGGCAACAGAGGGUUAUGCUGGAAUACAGUGUGAAAAUUUCACUACCUGCUGGAGAGAUGGAAAACUAUUUAAUGCCAUCAUUCAUAAAUACAGGCCAGACCUGAUAGACAUGAAUACUGUUGCUGUUCAAAGCAACCUUGCCAAUUUAGAGCACGCUUUUUAUGUAGCAGAAAAAAUUGGUGUUAUAAGACUUCUGGAUCCUGAAGAUGUUGAUGUCUCCUCACCUGAUGAAAAAUCAGUAAUAACUUAUGUGUCAUCUCUCUAUGAUGCAUUUCCCAAAGUCCCUGAAGGCGGCGAAGGCAUCGGCGCAAAUGAUGUUGAAGUUAAAUGGAUUGAAUACCAGAAUAUGGUGAACUACCUCAUCCAGUGGAUUAGACACCAUGUGACCACAAUGUCUGACCGAACAUUUCCUAAUAAUCCUGUGGAACUAAAGGCACUUUAUAAUCAGUAUUUACAGUUUAAAGAAACAGAAAUUCCACCAAAGGAGACAGAAAAAUCAAAAAUUAAACGCCUAUAUAAACUCUUAGAGAUUUGGAUAGAAUUUGGACGCAUCAAACUCCUUCAAGGUUAUCAUCCUAAUGACAUAGAAAAAGAGUGGGGGAAGCUCAUUAUUGCCAUGCUUGAGAGGGAGAAAGCACUUCGCCCAGAAGUAGAAAGGUUGGAAAUGUUGCAGCAGAUUGCCAGCCGAGUUCAGAGGGACAGUGUCAUCUGUGAAGACAAAUUGAUACUUGCCCGAAAUGCCCUCCAGUCUGAUUCUAAAAGGUUAGAGUCAGGGCUGCAGUUCCAGAAUGAAGCAGAAAUUGCCGGAUAUGUACUUGAAUGUGAGAACGUUCUACGCCAACAUGUAAUUGAUGUACAGAUUCUUAUUGAUGGAAAAUAUUACCAGUCAGAUCAGUUAGUACAAAGGGUAGCAAAACUCCGUGAUGAAAUUUUGGCCUUAAGGAAUGAAUGUUCUUCAGUGUAUAGUAAAGGACGCCUGCUGACGACAGAACAGACGAAGCUCAUGAUAUCAGGAAUCACUCAAAGUUUAAACUCAGGAUUUGCACAGACCUUAAACCCCAGUCUGAACGCAGGGCUGACCCAGAGUUUACCGCCUUCCCUGACAUCUUCCAGUGUGACUUCAGGCCUGUCCUCAGGCCUGACUUCCUGCCUGACUCCAUCCGUCACUCCGGCUUAUACACCUGGUUUCGCAUCAGGAUUAGUUCCAAAUUUCCACUCAGGAGUAGAGACAAAUUCAUUGCAAACUCUCAAGUUGAUGCAGAUCCGAAAACCCCUUCUAAAGUCUUCUUUGCUGGAUCAGAAUUUAACAGAAGAGGAAGUAAACAUGAAAUUUGUUCAGGACCUUUUGAAUUGGGUGGAUGAAAUGCAGGUGCAACUGGACCAUACUGAAUGGGGAUCAGAUUUGCCAAGUGUUGAAAGCCAUUUAGAAAACCAUAAAAAUGUUCACCGAGCUAUUGAAGAAUUUGAAUCUAGCCUUAAAGAAGCUAAACUUAGUGAGAUCCAAAUGACAGCACCUCUUAAACUAACUUAUGCAGAGAAGUUGCACAAAUUAGAGAGUCAGUAUGCAAAACUCUUGAAUACAUCCAGAAAUCAAGAACGACACCUUGAUACACUUCAUAAUUUUGUAACUCGGGCAACUAAUGAACUUAUUUGGUUGAAUGAAAAAGAGGAGGAGGAAGUUGCUUAUGACUGGAGUGAAAGAAAUACCAACAUAUCUCGGAAAAAAGAUUACCAUGCUGAAUUAAUGAGAGAACUUGAUCAAAAGGAAGAAAAUAUUAAAUCAGUUCAGGACAUAGCAGAGCAGCUGCUUCUGGAAAAUCACCCAGCCCGGUUAACUAUUGAGGCCUACAGAGCGGCAAUGCAGACACAGUGGAGCUGGAUCUUACAGCUCUGCCAGUGUGUGGAGCAGCACAUAAAGGAGAACACUACAUAUUUUGAGUUUUUCAGUGAUGCCAAAGAAGCUACUGAUUACUUACGGAAUCUAAAAGAUGCCAUUCAGCGAAAGUACAGUUGUGAUAGAUCAAGCAGCAUUCACAAGCUCGAAGACCUUGUUCAGGAAUCAAUGGAAGAGAAAGAAGAACUUUUGCAGUAUAAAAGCACAGUAGCAAGCCUGAUGGGGAGAGCAAAAACAAUAAUUCAGCUGAAGCCAAGGAAUCCUGACUGUCCACUCAAAACUUCUAUUCCGAUCAAAGCUAUCUGUGACUACAGACAAAUUGAGAUAACUAUUUUCAAAGAUGAUGAAUGUGUAUUGGCAAAUAAUUCUCAUCGCGCUAAAUGGAAGGUUAUUAGCCCUACUGGGAAUGAGGCUAUGGUCCCGUCUGUGUGCUUCACAGUUCCUCCACCAAACAAAGAAGCAGUUGACUUUGCAAACAGAAUUGAGCAACAGUAUCAAAAUGUCCUGACUCUCUGGCAUGAGUCCCACAUAAACAUGAAGAGUGUAGUAUCCUGGCAUUAUCUUAUCAAUGAAAUUGAUAGAAUUCGAGCUAGUAAUGUGGCUUCAAUAAAGACAAUGUUACCUGGUGAACAUCAGCAAGUCCUGAGUAAUCUACAAUCUCGUUUUGAAGAUUUCCUGGAAGAUAGCCAGGAAUCCCAAGUAUUUUCAGGCUCAGAUAUAACACAGCUGGAAAAGGAGGUUAAUGUUUGUAAGCAGUAUUAUCAAGAACUUCUUAAAUCUGCAGAAAGAGAGGAGCAAGAGGAAUCAGUUUAUAAUCUCUACAUCUCUGAAGUUCGAAACAUUAGACUUAGAUUAGAGAACUGUGAAGAUCGGUUGAUCAGACAGAUCCGAACUCCACUGGAAAGAGAUGAUUUGCAUGAAAGUGUGUUCAGGAUUACAGAGCAGGAGAAACUAAAGAAAGAGCUGGAGCGACUUAAAGAUGAUUUGGGAACAAUCACAAAUAAAUGUGAAGAAUUUUUCAGUCAGGCAGCAACCUCGCCAUCAGUUCCUACCUUACGAUCUGAGCUCAGUGUGGUCAUUCAGAACAUGAACCAAGUCUAUUCUAUGUCUUGCACCUACAUAGAUAAGUUGAAAACUGUUAACUUGGUGUUAAAAAACACUCAAGCUGCAGAAGCCCUUGUAAAACUCUAUGAAACUAAACUGUGUGAAGAAGAAGCAGUUACAGCUGACAAGAAUAAUAUUGAGAAUCUAAUAAGUACUUUAAAGCAAUGGAGAUCUGAAGUAGAUGAAAAGAGAGAGGUAUUCCAUGCAUUAGAGGAUGAGUUGCAGAAAGCUAAAACCAUCAGUGAUGAAAUGUUUAAAACAUAUAAAGAACGAGACCUUGAUUUUGACUGGCACAAAGAAAAAGCAGAUCAAUUAGUGGAAAGAUGGCAAAAUGUUCAUGUUCAGAUUGAUAACAGGCUACGAGACUUAGAAGGCAUUGGCAAAUCUCUGAAGUACUACAGAGAUACCUACCACCCUUUAGAUGAUUGGAUCCGGCAAGUUGAAACUACUCAGAGAAAGAUUCAGGAAAAUCAGCCUGAGAAUAGUAAAACCCUAGCUACACAGUUGAAUCAACAGAAGAUGCUGGUAUCUGAAAUAGAAAUGAAACAGAGCAAAAUGGAUGAGUGUCAAAAAUACGCAGAACAGUACUCAACUACAGUGAAGGACUACGAAUUACAAACAAUGACCUACCGAGCCAUGGUAGAUUCACAACAAAAAUCUCCAGUGAAGCGCCGAAGAAUGCAGAGCUCAGCAGAUCUCAUUAUUCAAGAGUUCAUGGACCUAAGGACCCGGUACACUGCUCUGGUCACCCUCAUGACACAGUAUAUUAAAUUUGCUGGUGAUUCAUUGAAGAGGCUGGAAGAGGAGGAGAAGUCACUGGAAGAAGAAAAGAAAGAACAUGUUGAAAAAGCCAGAGAAUUGCAGAAAUGGGUAUCAAAUAUCAGCAGGACUUUGAAAGAUGGAGAGAAGGCUGGAAAAUCUCUCUUUAAGCAAAAGCUUUCCAGUGAGGAAAUAACAUCCAAGAAGGAACAAUUGUCAGAAGCACUUCAAACCAUGCAGCUAUUUUUGGCUAAACACGGUGACAGAAUGACAGAUGAAGAAAGAAAUGAAUUGGAAAAACACGUGAAAGCUCUUCAAGAAGAUUAUAAUUUAUUAUUCAGUGAAUCUCUGAAACAACUGCAGGAAGCAAAAACCUCAGAGGAUAUAAAGAUAGAAGAGAAGAUUGUGGCAGAGCAUCAGCAGGAGUACAAAGAAAAACUCCAGGGGAUAUGCGAUCUCCUCACCCAAACUGAAAACCGCCUGAUUGGCCAACAAGAGUCCUUCGUGAUUGGAGAUGGCACGGUUGAGUUAAAGAAGUACCAGUCUAAGCAAGAGGAAUUACAGAAAGAUAUUCAAGGAAGUGCACAGGCAUUGGCAGAAAUAGUGAAGAACACAGAGAACUUCUUGAAGGAGAAUGGGGAUAAGCUGUCACAAGACGAUAAGGCUUUGAUUGAACAGAAACUUAAUGAAGCUAAAAUAAAGUAUGAACAACUUAAUGUUAAGGCAGAACAGUCGAAAAAGGAGCUGGAUAAAGUUGUGAAGACAGCAAUCAAGGAAGAAACAGAAAAGGUUGCAGCUGAGAAACAGCUGGAAGAGAGCAAAACCAAAAUUGAAAACCUUUUGGACUGGUUGUCAAAUGUUGACAAAGACUCAGAAAGGGCAGGGACAAAACACAAACAAGUGAUUGAACAGAAUGGAACCCAUUUUCAAGAAGGUGAUGGCAAGUCUGUGAUUGGAGAAGAGGAUGAAGUUAAUGGUAACCUGUUGGAAACUGAUGUUGAUGGGCAAGUUGGAACCACUGGGGAGAACCUGAACCAGCAAUACCAGAAGAUCAAGGCUCAACAUGAGAAGAUCAUCUCUCAGCACCAAGCAGUCAUCAUAGCCACUCAGUCUGCACAAGCCUUGCUUGAGAAACAGGGUCACUAUCUCUCUCCGGAGGAAAAAGAGAAACUACAAAAGAAUAUGAAGGAACUGAAAGUGCAUUAUGAAACCGUACUGGCUGAGUCAGAGAAGAAAAUGAAGCUAACACACUCUCUGCAGGAAGAAUUAGAAAAGUUUGAUGCAGAUUAUAGUGAGUUUGAACACUGGCUGCAGCAGUCAGAACAAGAACUUGAAAACCUGGAGGCAGGGGCAGAUGACUUUAGCAGCUUAAUGACGAAAUUGAAGAGGCAGAAGAGUUUCUCAGAAGACGUUAUUUCUCACAAAGGUGACUUGAGGUACAUCACCAUUUCUGGAAACAGAGUAUUAGAAGCUGCCAAAUCUUGCAGCAAGAGAGAUGGCAGCAAGGUUGACAAGGAUAAUAUUGAUACUUCUGCAACCCACAAAGAGGUACAGAGCAAACUGGAUCAUGCUACCGAUCGGUUCAGAUCGCUGUACUCCAAGUGCAACAUCCUGGGGAAUAAUCUUAAAGACCUGGUGGAUAAAUAUCAACACUAUGAAGAUGCUUCUUGUGGACUUCUUUCUGGGCUCCAGGCCUGUGAGGCCACAGCCAGCAAACACUUAUCUGAACCCAUUGCUGUGGACCCCAAAAAUCUGCAAAGGCAAUUAGAAGAGACAAAGGCCCUGCAAGGACAGAUAUCAAGUCAGCAGGUUGCUGUCGAGAAACUGAAAAAAACUGCUGAAGUGCUUUUAGAUGCCAGGGGAUCUUUAUUGCCAGCCAAAAAUGAUAUUCAGAAAACACUGGAUGACAUUGUUGGGAGAUAUGAUGACCUGUCCAAGUCUAUUAAUGAGCGAAAUGAAAAACUCCAGAUAACACUGACCCGUUCACUGAGUGUGCAGGAUGGCUUGGAUGAAAUGCUGAACUGGAUGGGAAGUGUGGAAAGUUCUCUGAAAGAUCAAGGUCAAGUGCCCUUAAACUCUGCUGCUCUUCAGGAUAUCAUCAGUAAAAAUAUUAUGUUGGAACAGGAUAUUUCAGGUCGCCAGAGCAGUAUAAAUGCUAUGAAUGAAAAAGUGAAGAAAUUUAUGGAAACGACAGACCCUUCCACUGCAUCCUCACUGCAAGCCAGAAUGAAGGACUUGACUGUUCGGUUUUCAGAAGCAAGUCAUACACACAAAGAAAAACUUGCCAAAAUGGAGGAACUAAAAACCAAAGUAGAACUGUUUGAGAACCUCUCAGAAAAGCUCCAAACAUUUUUAGAAACAAAAUCUCAGGCUCUUACUGAGGCAGAUGUUCCAGGAAAAGAUGUCACUGAAUUGUCUCAGUAUAUGCAGGAAUCAACUUCUGAAGUCUUAGAACACAAGAAAGAUCUUGAAGUUUUGCAGAGUCUGCUGAAAGAGAUAUCCAGUCAUGGCUUACCAGGGGAUAAAGCUCUGGUUUUCGAAAAAACAAAUAAUUUGUCAAAGAAGUUCAAGGAAAUGGAGGAUACCAUCAAAGAAAAAAAAGAAGCUGUGUCUUCUUGUCAAGAACAGAUGGAAUCUUUCCAAGUCCUUGUCAGAUCAUUAAAGUCAUGGAUAAAAGAAACAACAGAAGAAGUUCCCAUUCUGCAGCCUUCUUUUGGUACAGAAGAUUUAAGAAAAUCUUUGGAAGAAACUAAGAAAUUACAAGAAAAGUGGAAUUUAAAAACACCAGAGAUUCAGAAAGUAAGCAACAGUGGGAUCUCACUAUGUAACCUAAUAAGUGCUGUGACUACUCCAGCGAAAGCAAUAGCAGCAGUUAAAUCAGGUAGCGCAAUAUUAAAUGGUGAAGGAACAGCCACAGAUACUCAGGAAUUUCUGGCAAAUAAAGGAUUAACAUCUAUUAAAAAGGAUAUGACUGACAUAAGUCAUGAUUACGAAGAUCUUGGCCUCUUACUCAAGGACAAAAUAGCUGAAUUGAAUGCUAAGCUCUCCAAAUUGCAAAAGGCUCAGGAAGAAUCAAGUACAAUGAUGCAGUGGCUACAGAAAAUGAACAAAACAGCAAAAAAAUGGCAUCAGACACCUACACCUACAGAUAGUGAAGCUGUGAAGACUCAGGUUGAACAAAAUAAGUCAUUUGAGGCAGAACUGAAGCAGAAUGUAAAUAAAGUGCAGGAGUUGAAAGACAAAUUGACAGAGCUGUUGGAGGAGAACCCAGAUACUCCUGAGGCCCCCAAAUGGAAACAGAUGUUGGCAGACAUAGAUUCUAAAUGGCAAGAACUCAAUCAAUUAACAGUUGAUAGACAACAAAAACUGGAAGAAUCCUCCAAUAAUCUAACCCAGUUCCAGACUGUAGAGGCCCAGUUAAAACAGUGGCUAGUGGAAAAAGAACUGAUGGUUAGUGUUCUUGGGCCUUUGUCAAUUGACCCGAAUAUGCUAAACACACAACGGCAGCAGGUACAGAUUCUGUUGCAAGAAUUUGAUACUCGGAAACCUCAAUAUGAACAGCUAACAGCAGCUGGUCAGGGCAUUCUGAGCAGACCUGGUGAACAUGCUUCCUUGCAUGGGAUUGUGAAAGAGCAACUAGCAACUGUGACCCACAAAUGGGAUAGCCUAACAGGACAGUUGAGUGACAGAUGUGACUGGAUUGACCAAGCCAUUGUUAAAAGCACACAGUACCAAAGCCUGCUGAGAAGCCUUUCUAAUAAACUGAGCGACUUGGACAAUAAACUCAGCACCAGUCUGGCUGUGAGCACACACCCUGAUGCUAUGAGCCAGCAGUUGGAAACAGCCCAAAAAAUGAAACAGGAAAUAAAGCAAGAGGGAGAGCAGAUAAAGGAGGCCCAGGCACUCUGUGAGGAUUUGUCAGCUCUGAUUAAAGAAGAGUAUUUGAAAGCAGAACUUAGUAGGCAACUAGAAGGCAUCUUAAAAUCAUUUAAGGAUAUUGAACAAAGAGCAGAGAAUCAUGUCCAGCACCUUCAGUCAGCCUGUGCAAGCUCUCAUCAGUUUCAGCAAAUGUCUAAAGAUUUUCAUGCUUGGCUGGAUACAAAGAAAGAAGAGCAAAAUAAGUCUCACCCAGUAUCAGCCAAACUCGAUGUCCUAGAGUUAUUAAUUAAGGAUCAGAAAGACUUUAGUAAAACUUUAACUUUACAGUCUAAUUUUUAUGAAAAAACCAUCACAGAAGGUGAAAAUCUAUUAUUAAAAACUCAAGGAUCUGAGAAGGCAGCCUUACAGUUACAGCUUAACACUAUUAAAGCUGAUUGGGAUGGAUUUAACAAACAGGUGAAAGAAAGAGAAGACAAAUUAAAGGAUUCAUUGGAAAAAGCCCUCAAGUAUAAAGAACAUGUAGAGACUCUCCGGCCAUGGGUAGAAAAAUGUCAAAACAACCUAGAAGAAAUAAAGUUUUGCUUGGAUCCUGCUGAAACAGAAAAUUCUAUUGCCAAAUUAAAAUCUCUACAGAAAGAAAUGGACCAACGCUUUGGGAUGGUAGAGUUACUAAACAACGCAGCCAAUAGCUUGCUCAGUGUCUGUGAAAUAGAUAAAGAGGCUGUUACAGAUGAGAAUACAUCGCUGAUCCAAAAGGUAGACAUGGUCACUGAACAACUUCACAGCAAGAAAUUCUCCCUGGAGAACAUGGCCCAGAAGUUUAAAGAAUUUCAAGAAGUUUCCAGAGACGCUAAAAGGCAGCUUCAGUGUGCAAAGGAACAGCUAGAUGUCCAUGAAUCUCUAGGACCUCAGGCUUACAGUAACAAGUACCUAACUAUGUUGCAGACUCAGCAGAAAUCACUUCAGACCUUGAAGCAUCAGGUAGAUUUCGCCAAAAGACUUGCACAGGACCUUGUGGUAGAAGCCCCAGACUCAAAGGGCACCUCUGAUGUCUUAUUACAAGCAGAAUCUUUAGCUCAAGAACAUAAUGCGCUAAGCCAACAGGUUGAUGAAAAGUGUUCAUUCUUAGAAACCAAGCUUCAGGGCAUUGGACAUUUCCAGAAUACCAUCCGAGAAAUGUUUUCUCAGUUUGCUGAGUUUGAUGAUGAACUGGAUAGCAUGGCUCCAGUGGGGAGAGACGCGGAAACAUUGCAAAAGCAAAAGGAAGCUAUUAAAACUUUUCUGAAGAAACUAGAAGCCCUCAUAGCAAGCAAUGACAAUGCCAAUAAAACCUGCAAGAUGAUGCUGGCCACAGAGGAAACCUCUCCUGACCUUGUUGGAAUCAGAAGGGACUUGGAGGCUUUAAGCAAACAAUGCAACAAGUUACUAGACCGAGCACAAGCCAGAGAAGAGCAGGUUGAAGGGACUAUUGAGCGUCUUGAAGAAUUCUACAGAAAAUUGAAAGAAUUUUCUACUCUGCUUCAGAAAGCUGAAGAACAUGAAGAGUCACAAGGCCCCGUUGGUAUGGAAACUGAGACAAUUAACCAACAGCUUAAUGUUUUCAAGGUAUUCCAGAAAGAAGAGAUUGAACCCUUGCAGGUUAAACAGCAAGAUGUAAACUGGUUAGGUCAAGGCCUUAUUCAGAGUGCUGCUAAAGGCACCAGCACUCAGGGUCUGGAGCAUGACCUUGACGAUGUCAACGCACGGUGGAAGACCCUCAACAAGAAGGUGGCUCAGCGAGCGGCCCAGCUGCAGGAAGCCCUGCUGCACUGUGGGAGGUUCCAGGAUGCCCUGGAGUCCCUGCUCAGCUGGAUGGUGGACACUGAGGAGCUUGUGGCCAAUCAGAAACCCCCGUCGGCCGAGUUCAAAGUGGUGAAGGCCCAGAUACAAGAGCAAAAGCUUCUUCAAAGAUUGUUGGAUGACCGCAAGUCUACUGUGGAGGUAAUUAAACGAGAAGGAGAAAAAAUUGCUACAACAGCAGAACCUGCAGAUAAAGUGAAGAUUUUGAAACAGCUGAGUCUCUUGGAUAGUAGAUGGGAGGCACUGCUUAACAAAGCUGAAACGAGGAAUCGUCAGUUGGAAGGUAUCUCAGUGGUAGCCCAGCAAUUUCAUGAAACCUUAGAACCACUGAAUGAAUGGCUUACAACCAUAGAAAAAAGGCUUGCGAAUUGUGAACCGAUAGGAACCCAAGCAUCUAAACUCGAAGAACAAAUUGCACAGCACAAAGCCUUAGAAGAUGACAUCAUCCAUCACAGUAAACAUUUACACCAGGCUGUUAGCGCUGGCCAAUCCUUAAAGGUUUUGAGCUCCAGGGAGGAUAAAGAUAUGGUACAGAAUAAAUUAGACUCUUCUCAAGUGUGGUACAUUGAGAUUCAAGAGAAGAGUCACAGCAGGUCUGAGCUCCUCCAGCAGGCCUUAUGUAAUGCUAAGAUUUUUGGGGAAGAUGAAGUUGAGCUGAUGAACUGGCUGAAUGAAGUGCAUGACAAACUAAGCAAGCUGUCAGUCCAGGAUUACAGCACUGAGGGGCUGUGGAAGCAGCAGUCUGAACUUCGGGUUCUGCAAGAGGACAUCCUACUCAGGAAGCAAAAUGUAGAUCAGGCAUUACUAAAUGGUUUAGAACUACUUAAACAAACAACAGGUGAUGAAGUUUUAAUAAUUCAAGAUAAAUUAGAGGCCAUUAAAGCAAGGUACAAAGACAUUACCAAAUUGAGCACCGAUGUAGCCAAGACCCUGGAGCAGGCACUGCAGCUGGCAAGGCGACUGCACUCCACGCACGAAGAGCUCCGUAUGUGGCUGGACAGAGUGGAGGUGGAAUUACUUUCGUUUGAGACUCAGGUUCUGAAGGGAGAAGCAGUAAGCCAAGCACAAGCGAGACAAAAAGAACUGAAGAAGGAAGCUAAGAACAACAAAGCCUUAUUGGACUCCCUUAAUGAAGUGAGCAGUGCUUUACUGGAACUGGUACCAUGGAGGGCCAGGGAAGGGCUGGGAAAGAUGGUGGCCGAGGACAAUGACCGCUACCGAUUAGUGAGUGACACCAUCACUCAGAAGGUGGAGGAGAUCGAUGCCGCCGUUCUGAGAUCACAGCAGUUUGACCAAGCGGCUGAUUCUGAGUUAUCCUGGAUUACUGAAACAGAAAAGAAAUUGAUGUCUUUGGGUGACAUCAGGCUUGAGCAAGACCAGACCUCUGCUCAGCUGCAGGUUCAAAAGACAUUCACCAUGGAGAUUUUGAGACACAAGGAUAUUAUUGAUGAACUUGUUAAAUCUGGGGAUAAAAUCAUGACCACAUGCAGCGAAGAGGAAAAGCAAUCAAUGAAGAAAAAAAUAGACAAGGUAUUAAAGAACUAUGAUGCCAUCUGCCAGAUAAACUCAGAGAGGUAUCUGCAGCUAGAGCGGGCACAGUCCCUGGUUAACCAGUUCUGGGAGACAUAUGAAGAACUUUGGCCAUGGCUGACAGAAACACAAAGAAUCAUCUCUCAGCUUCCUGCCCCAGCUCUUGAAUAUGAAACUCUAAGACAACAGCAGGAGGAACAUCGGCAACUGCGAGAGUUGAUAGCUGAGCACAAGCCUCAUAUAGAUAAGAUGAACAAAACCGGGCCGCAGUUACUGGAAUUGAGCCCAGGGGAAGGCUUUUCUAUCCAAGAGAAGUAUGUGGCAGCUGAUACCCUUUACUGUCAAAUUAAAGAAGAUGUCAAAAAACGAGCUGUGGCACUGGAUGAAGCCAUUUCUCAGUCUACUCAGUUCCAUGACAAGAUAGACCAGAUCAUUGAGAGUCUGGAACGCAUCGUGGAGCGUUUGAGGCAGCCACCGUCUAUCUCUGCUGAGGUUGAGAAGAUUAAGGAACAGAUCAGUGAAAAUAAGAACGUGUCAGUAGACAUGGAGAAGCUACAACCACUGUAUGAAACUCUUAAACAGAGGGGAGAGGAAAUGAUUGCUCGGUCUGGGGGCACUGAUAAAGACUUAUCUGCCAAAGCUGUUCAAGAUAAGCUUGACCAAAUGGUUUUCAUCUGGGAGAACAUACACACACUGGUAGAAGAAAGGGAAGCUAAACUACUGGACGUAAUGGAACUAGCAGAAAAGUUCUGGUGUGAUCACAUGUCACUGGUAGUUACCACUAAAGAUACUCAAGAUUUCAUCCGGGACCUGGAGGAUCCUGGAAUUGAUCCCUCAGUAGUAAAACAACAGCAGGAAGCAGCAGAGUCCAUAAGGGAAGAAAUAGAAGGAUUGCAGGAAGAUCUGGAUAUAGUUAUUAACCUGGGUUCUGAACUCAUCUCCGCGUGUGGUGAACCCGACAAACCCAUUGUCAAGAAGAGCAUAGAUGAGUUAAAUUCAGCAUGGGAUUCUCUAAAUAAGGCUUGGAAGGACCGAGUUGAGAAACUCGAUGAAGCAAUGCAGGCUGCUGUUCAGUACCAGGACGGACUGCAGGCAAUAUUUGACUGGGUAGAUAUUGCUGGUAGUAGGUUAGCUUCAAUGUCACCAGUUGGAACAGAUCUUGAAACUGUCAAGCAACAGAUUGAAGAGCUAAAGCAAUUUAAGUCAGAGGCCUAUCAACAACAGAUAGAAAUGGAAAGACUGAACCAUCAAGCAGAGCUUUUGCUGAAGAAAGUAACAGAAGAAAGCGAUAAACAUACUGUUCAAGACCCAUUAAUGGAACUGAAAUUGAUAUGGGAUAGCUUGGAUGAGAGAAUUAUCAACAGACAGCAUAAGCUUGAGGGUGCUCUGUUAGCACUGGGGCAGUUCCAACAUGCCCUGGAUGAGCUACUGGCAUGGCUAACACACACUGAGGGCUUGCUAGGUGAACAGAAACCUGUUGGAGGAGACCCAAAGGCCAUUGAAAUUGAACUUGCCAAGCAUCAUGUGCUCCAAAAUGAUGUAUUAGCCCAUCAGUCCACAGUGGAAGCCGUUAAUAAAGCAGGAAAUGAUCUAAUUGAAUCAAGUGCAGGAGAAGAAGCAAGCAACCUUCAGAACAAGCUAGAGAUUUUAAAUCAACGCUGGAAAAAUGUUUUGGAAAAAACAGAACAAAGGAAGCAGCAGCUGGAUGGUGCCUUGCGCCAGGCCAAAGGGUUCCAUGGUGAAAUUGAAGAUCUGCAGCAGUGGCUGACUGACACAGAGCGUCAUCUGUUGGCAUCCAAACCUCUAGGAGGUUUACCAGAAACAGCCAGGGAACAGCUUAAUGCCCAUAUGGAAGUCUGUGCUGCCUUUGAUGUUAAAGAAGAAACAUACAGGAGUCUGAUGCAAAAAGGCCAGCAGAUGCUUGCAAGCUGCCCCAAAUCUGCAGAGACAAAUAUUGACCAAGACAUAAAUAACUUGAAAGAAAAAUGGGAAUUGGUGGAAACCAAACUCAACGAAAGGAAAACUAAACUGGAAGAGGCCCUCAGUUUGGCAAUGGAGUUUCACAAUUCUCUCCAGGACUUCAUCAGCUGGCUUACCCAGGCUGAACAGACACUAAAUGUAGCUUCCCGGCCAAGUCUUAUCUUAGACACAGUCUUGUUUCAAAUCGAUGAACACAAGGUAUUUGCCAACGAAGUCAAUUCUCACCGUGAGCAGAUAAUAGAGCUGGACAAAACUGGAACCCACCUGAAAUAUUUCAGUCAGAAACAAGAUGUCGUCCUAAUAAAGAACCUGCUUAUCAGUGUGCAAAGUCGAUGGGAAAAAGUAGUUCAACGAUUAGUGGAAAGAGGAAGAUCUUUGGAUGAUGCAAGGAAGAGGGCCAAGCAGUUCCAUGAGGCAUGGAGUAAACUUAUGGAAUGGCUAGAAGAGUCAGAAAAAUCUUUGGAUUCAGAACUGGAAAUCGCCAAUGAUCCAGACAAAAUAAAAACACAGCUUGCACAGCAUAAGGAGUUUCAGAAAUCACUUGGAGCCAAGCAUUCUGUCUACGACACCACUAACAGGACGGGACGUUCUCUGAAGGAGAAAACCUCCCUGGCUGAUGACAACCUGAAACUGGAUGACAUGCUGAGUGAACUCAGAGACAAAUGGGAUACAAUAUGUGGAAAAUCUGUGGAAAGACAAAACAAAUUGGAAGAAGCCCUGUUAUUUUCUGGACAAUUCACUGAUGCCCUGCAGGCCCUCAUUGAUUGGUUGUAUAGAGUCGAACCCCAGCUGGCAGAAGAUCAGCCUGUCCAUGGAGACAUUGAUUUAGUGAUGAAUCUGAUUGAUAAUCACAAGGUCUUCCAGAAAGAGUUGGGGAAGAGGACCAGCAGCGUGCAGGCCCUGAAGCGCUCAGCCCGAGAGCUCAUUGAGGGGAGUCGUGAUGACUCCUCCUGGGUCAAGGUCCAGAUGCAAGAACUAAGCACCCGCUGGGAGACUGUGUGUGCACUUUCUAUAUCGAAGCAAACCCGGCUAGAAGCAGCCCUGCGUCAGGCAGAGGAAUUUCACUCCGUGGUGCAUGCCCUCCUGGAGUGGCUGGCUGAGGCAGAGCAAACCCUUCGCUUCCAUGGCAUUCUCCCAGAUGAUGAAGAUGCUCUUCGGAAUCUCAUCGAUCAGCAUAAAGAAUUCAUGAAGAAACUGGAAGAAAAAAGAGCUGAACUAAACAAAGCCACCGGUAUGGGAGACGCCGUGUUGUCCAUCUGCCACCCUGACUCCAUCACCACCAUUAAGCACUGGAUAACCAUCAUCCGGGCCAGGUUUGAGGAGGUGCUGGCCUGGGCGAAGCAACAUCAGCAGAGAUUGGCGAGUGCACUGGCAGGGCUCAUUGCUAAACAGGAGUUGUUGGAAGCUUUGCUGACUUGGUUGCAGUGGGCUGAAACCACACUUAGUGAGAAGGAUAAGGAGGUCAUCCCCCAGGAGAUUGAAGAGGUGAAAGCCCUCAUUGCAGAGCACCAGACCUUCAUGGAGGAAAUGACCAGAAAGCAGCCUGAUGUAGAUAAAGUUACCAAGACCUAUAAGAGGAGAGCAGCUGAUCCUUCCUCAUUACAGUCCCAUAUUCCAGUCCUGGAUAAGGGACGAGCAGGAAGAAAACGCUUCCCAGCAUCAAGCUUAUAUCCCUCUGGAUCACAGACGCAAAUAGAAACCAAGAACCCCAGAGUAAACUUAUUGGUGAGCAAAUGGCAGCAAGUCUGGCUCCUUGCAUUGGAAAGGAGGAGGAAGCUAAAUGACGCUUUGGACAGACUGGAGGAGCUGAGGGAAUUUGCUAACUUUGAUUUUGAUAUCUGGCGUAAAAAGUACAUGCGAUGGAUGAAUCACAAGAAAUCUCGAGUGAUGGACUUCUUCAGGAGAAUUGAUAAAGAUCAGGAUGGAAAAAUAACCCGACAAGAAUUUAUUGAUGGAAUUCUUUCCUCAAAGUUCCCAACCAGUCGCCUGGAGAUGAGUGCAGUUGCAGACAUCUUCGACAGAGACGGCGACGGAUAUAUUGACUACUAUGAAUUUGUAGCAGCCCUUCACCCAAAUAAGGAUGCAUAUAAACCUGUCACCGAUGCUGAUAAAAUUGAAGAUGAGGUGACAAGGCAGGUAGCUAAGUGUAAAUGUGCAAAACGAUUUCAAGUUGAACAGAUCGGAGAUAACAAAUACAGGUUCUUCCUGGGAAAUCAGUUUGGAGAUUCCCAGCAACUGCGACUUGUUCGGAUCCUACGAAGUACUGUGAUGGUUCGUGUUGGAGGUGGAUGGAUGGCACUUGAUGAGUUCUUAGUGAAAAAUGAUCCUUGCAGGGCUAAAGGAAGGACAAACAUGGAACUGCGUGAGAAGUUCAUUUUAGCAGAUGGUGCCAGUCAGGGUAUGGCUGCUUUCCGACCCAGAGGCCGUAGAUCCCGGCCUUCGUCAAGAGGAGCUUCGCCAAACCGAUCUACUUCUGUGUCCAGUCAGGCUGGUCAAGCGGCCUCCCCACAGGUCCCUGCCACCAGCACACCCAAGAUUCUCCAUCCUUUAACACGCAAUUAUGGUAAACCAUGGUUGACAAACAGCAAAAUGUCAACUCCUUGUAGACCAGCAGAGUGCUCAGACUCCCCCGUGUCGUCUGCAGAGGGAACACCAAUACAAGGAAGCAAGCUUCGACUUCCAGGAUAUUUAUCGGGGAAAGGCUUCCACUCUGGGGAGGACAGUGGCUUGAUCACAACUGCAGCCUCCAGAGUCCGAACACAGUUUGCCGAUCCCAAGAAGACCCCUAGCCGACCAGGAAGCCGAGCUGGAAGCAAAGCUGGCAGCAGGGCCAGCAGCCGCCGAGGCAGUGAUGCUUCAGACUUUGACAUUUCAGAAAUUCAGUCCGUGUGCUCAGACGUGGAGACUGUCCCCCAAACACACAGACCUACGCCCCGAGCAGGUUCUCGGCCAUCCACAGCCAAGCCUUCCAAAAUCCCCACACCCCAGAGGAAAUCACCUGCCAGAAGAUUGGACAAGUCCGCAAAAAGAUAGUGCAGUUGGUUCCACCAAGGCCCUUCCUUGAGCGUUUAUUAUUUAAAUUUGGAAGAUGUAAAAUAUGAUGUAGAAAUUAUUGUGAAAUAUUGUAAGAGGCAAGUUUAAAAUACUGCAGAUGGCCUUAUUUGUGUAUUUGUCUUUUUAUUUUACCUGUAUAAUUUUCUUUUGUAAGAUAUUCUGGGGUUAAAGUCACAUCAUAUGUGAGGGGGAAGAGAGUGUAACAUGAACUAACAUUUCUGCACUGUAAUGUGUGGAGCAUACACUAAAAUCAGUUACUGAACGUACAGGUGAGUCUACAUCCUCUCUGUCAACUACAUUGCUACGUGGGUAGCUAACAUGAAGGAUACCUCAUGACAUUUUCUUAUUUCUGUGGAAACUCUGAAAAGCCAAAACACACACAGGAAUCUAUUUUGAGAUGAGUUAAAUGUAAACUGAAAGAUGGAGGGCAAAAAGACAAACACAUCCACACACGGUUCUUUAAGCAGUAUCUGACUGAGAACUCACAGGAAGUUAACUUUAAGCACUUGCCAGCACUAUGAUAUUCAAGUACCUUGCAACAUUUCUGUGCCAUUGCUUUAAAUAAGAUCAGAGGCGUCCUGGAUAUUAGACCAAUUAUACUGUAAGAAUAUAAUUAUAAAGUGCAUUCAUAUACAUGUGAGGUUUUCUUUUGCUUGAGUGGACAGUAGCACCUGUAUCACUGAACUCAUUUUGUAUCAAAGCAAAUGUGCUUGCAGAAAGCUAUGAAAUAAAACAUGUCCCUUAACUACAUUGCUAUGGAAUUAAUUUUUUUCCCCCAGGGAAAAAUCAGUGUAUUUUUUUAUGAGCAAUAUCAAUUUGAAGUGACCAAAAGAUACUUAAAAAUGGGUUUAUUUUGAUUUCUCAUCUGAAAUAAUCAUGUUCUGGUAUUAUAUCUAUAUUUAAUAAAUAUAUAUACAUUUUAAUUUAUUAUGUAUACUCACAUAAUAUAGAAAGAUAUUAGUAUGCAUUUAAUAAAACAUAUUCACUUGAA